GGUGAACAUAAACAAACCACUGUCUCCUCCGAUCAUCGAAAUCGGAUGGAAAAAGUAAUGGCGAAAAUGGUGGUCUAUCAUCUUCUGAUGCUGGUGACGGUGGCGAUGACGUCGAUUCUGGUGGAAUCGGCGAACACGAACAAUGUUUACUCGCCGUGCUCCGACACUACGGUGCAGUUGUCCGACGGGUUCACAUUUGGGAUCGCGUUCGCGUCAAGGCAGUCGUUUUUCUACAAUAGUAACCAACAGUUGUCUCCGUGCGACCGCAGACUGUCACUCUCCUCAUCCAAUUCUCAGAUCUCUGUGUUUAGGCCCAAAGUCGAUGAGAUCUCUCUACUCACCAUCAACACCUCCUCCUUCUCUCCGGACUCAUACGGUGGGUAUAUGGUUGCAUUUGCUGGUCGAAAAUAUGCUGCAAGGUCCCCACCUGCUUUUGUUGCAAACAGUACAUAUACUGUAACAAGCUUUACCCUUGUGCUUGAGUUUAAAAAGGGCAGGCUGCAAAACCUGUACUGGAAAAGAGAUGGCUGUGCUAAAUGUGCAGGGAACUCUGGUUUUGUAUGUCUCAACAACCAAGACUGUGCCAUCAAGACAUCCAGCUGCAAAAAUCAAAAUGGAAGUGUAGAUUGUAGCCUUGGGAUACAAUUAGCAUUCUCUGGCACAGAUAAGCACCUUUCAGUUAUGAACUCAUGGUAUGAAGUGGAGAACCUUCGACAGUACUCCCUGUAUGGUCUUUAUUCAAAUCUAAAGAAUUCCCUCACCGGUGAGUAUAGCAAGAUCUUCUAAUUGUACUUCUCUUGGUUGAUCUUUUGUUACUGGUAUGUUGUAAUUCUUUUUCACUUUCUGCCUUUCUUCAUUUUAUAUCUACUUCUGUCUUUCUCUCUGUUUCCUUGAGAUGCCUCUCCUUGCAGUUAUGGUGUUAAAAGAUUUGUGGCGUGUGUAUUAUGUACAAUUUGAGAUUAUGAAUAGAGAUAUGGUUAUACA